AGGAGCUUAUUUGCGCGAAUUACAAACCUUGAUUCUGUAAAUGAUUUUGCUUUAUCGGUUGAAUGUUUUCAGUGACUCACUAGAAAGCCUGUAGUGUACUUUUUGUAGAAACCAGGCACAGAUUCGAAUCUUGUAUUCUCUUCGCUAAUCCAGCACCUCUCUGUUGUAUUAAAUGUCGUUUCUCUGUAGAGGGAAUAAGCAACUUUUUUUUCUGCUUAAAAACCCUCAUGGAUCAAAGUCCCUUACAGCCACAUCCUACAAUUGUCAGUGAACUGUGGGAGAGGAGAAAGCAGCAGUAUUUGAGUAAAACACGGCAGUAGUGGGGCAGAGGGUGAGAGGCGUCGGCUUGUCUGAUCAGCUGAGGUUGACUGAAGCCAUCACUGUAAAGCAUGUGUGCGGCAGCUCUGGAGGAGUACUGUGGGUCCAUUUUUUGGAAUGCUUCAUAUCUGAAGCGACCAGACCCAGACCUUCCACUAUGUGUGGAACAGACAGUUCUUGUAUGGAUCCCCCUUUGUUUCCUGUGGCUCUGUGCCCCAUGGCACCUGCUGGCUCUCUGUCAGAGUGCAAAUGUAAACACAAAACAACUGUCCAAGCUCUACAUCUGCAAACAGCUUGUGGCGUCUCUGUUGUUCAUGACGGCCAUAGCACACCUGGGAGUCACACUAGGCGAAGAUUUUGGUCCAAACAGUGACCAAUCUUCAAAAAAUGCUGCUGCAUACUACGCAAAUCCAGUUUUAUUUGCAGUCACAUGGAUCCUUGUCCUGCUUUGCCAUGAAGGAUUAAGAUGGGAAGGAGCAAUAGACUCUGCCUCUAUUUUCCUCUUCUGGUUGCUCCUUGUAGUGUGUGACAUCUUUCCUUUCCAGACCCUCCUACGAGAGGCUCUCAGACUGGGCGAGGUCCGUGAUGUCCCACGUUUCAGCCUUUUCUACAUUUCUUUUGGGCUUGAACUGAUUUCAUUAGUUCUUUCUACUGUGGCUGAUAUCCCCCCAGAAGCUAAAGACUUAUAAAAAAGGUACCCUUUAUUUAAUCCUGAAGCAGGUGCACCAUUUUUGAGUAGAAUAACAUUCAACUGGUUAAACAGUAUGGUCUUAAAAGGCUACAAACAACCUCUGGUUCAGGAGGACAUGUGGGAUCUGAAUGAGAGUGAUAGCACUGCUUUCAUCAAUGAGCGUUUCCAGCAUUUCAUGAAGCCUGAGUUGGAUGCAGCUAGGGUCCGCUUCCAGAACAAGAUGAAAAAGAAAUUGUUUCAGAACAUACACAGUGCCCAGGAAGACCCACAGCAAAAUGGGCUUUCCAGUGGUCUGGGGAAAGGGGUGAGUUAGGAUGUACUAAUGAUGGAGGAAAGGGGGAAGAAGGAAGAUGAAAAGAAGAAAAAGGACAAUAAGGAGGAAGAGAACUAUCCCAAUUCAUGGCUGAUUACCACCAUUUACAAGACCUUUAAAAGGAUUCUGAUUGAAUCUUUCUGCUUCAAACUUCUGGAGGAUGUGUUAACCUUUGUCAGUCCUCAGCUCCUUAAAUUGAUGAUCUCCUUCACUCAGGACAAAUCCAGAUAUGCCUGGGAGGGCUAUUUGUAUGCAGUGUUGCUGAUGGUGGUGGCUCUGCUACAGUCUCUGACCCUACAGCAGUAUUUCCAGCGCUGCCAUGUGCUGGGGAUGAAGGUUCGCACUGCACUUAUGGCUGCUGUGUAUAAAAAGGCAUUAGUGGUGUCCAAUGACACUCGUAAGGAGUCAACAGUAGGGGAAAUGGUGAACCUGAUGUCAGCAGAUGCCCAGCGCUUCAAUGAUGUGACCAACUUUAUCCACCUGCUGUGGUCCUGCCCUCUGCAGAUCAUCAUAUCCAUUGUUUUCCUGUGGCUGGAGUUAGGACCUUCUGUGUUGGCAGGACUGGGAGUCAUGGUGUUAAUAAUUCCAACCAAUGCAGUGCUAGCAACCAAGGCCAGAAAACUCCAGAUAGAGAACAUGAACUUUAAAGAUAAGAGAAUGAAAAUCAUGAAUGAAAUUCUAAAUGGGAUCAAGAUUCUGAAGCUGUAUGCUUGGGAGCCAUCCUUCCAGAAGCAGGUGGAAGACAUUAGAGGGGAAGAACUAAAAGUCAUGAAGAAGUCUGCCUACCUACACUCCUUCUCCAUUCUUACCUCAUGCUGCAUUCCAGCUCUGGUUUCUCUGGCCACGUUUGCAGUAUUUGUUAGUGUGAGCAACGAUAAUGUGUUAACUGCUGAGAGAGCUUUUACUUCCAUCUCUCUCUUCAACAUCCUCCGAGCUCCUCUUGCCAUGCUGCCCAUGCUCAUUGCUUCCAUUGUACAAACAGCAGUGUCUAAGAAGCGCCUGGAGAAGUUUCUGGCAGGGGAAGACAUCGACAGUGACAUUGUGCGCCAAGACCCCAGUUUCAAUACUGCUGUGAGCGUAUGUGAUGGUUCCUUUGCUUGGGAAAAAGAUGCAAAGCCUCUGCUGAAAGAUGUGAAUUUGGACAUUGAGCCUGGUCGGUUGGUUGCCGUAGUGGGAGCUGUUGGGUCAGGAAAGUCGUCUCUUAUGUCAGCCCUCCUUGGAGAGAUGCACAGUACCAAAGGUUUUAUCAACAUUAGGGGUUCUCUUGCUUUUGUACCGCAGCAAGCCUGGAUCCAAAAUGCUACUUUGAGGGAUAAUAUCUUGUUUGGAUCUCCACAUGAGGAAGAGAACUUCAAAAAGGUCAUACAGGCCUGUGCUCUUGCCCCAGACCUUGAGCUGCUGCCUGGAGGAGACCUCACUGAGAUUGGAGAGAAAGGUAUCAAUCUCUCAGGGGGUCAAAAGCAGCGUGUGAGCUUAGCCAGAGCAGUCUACAGUCAGGCUGAUAUCUAUCUAUUAGAUGACCCUUUGUCUGCUGUGGACUCACAUGUAGGAAAGCAUCUUUUUGAAAAUGUAAUUGGACCCAAUGGAAUGCUUAAAAACAAGACUCGUAUCCUGGUGACUCAUGGCAUAUGCUUCCUGCCAUACGUGGAUGAAAUAGUGGUUUUGGAGAAUGGAGUCAUUUCUGAAGUUGGAUCCUAUGAAAACCUUCGUGCCAGUGGAGGAACUUUUUCUAAGUUUCUCGACACAUAUGCCAAAGAGCAGAGCAAUCAGAGAAAUUCAGAAACAGGUGAGGGCCAGGAUGCAGAAGACAUUGAGCUCUUCCCAGAUGGAGACAAUGCCCAACCUGACGGUGCUUCGGAGGACACUGUUUCUCUUACACUGGAGCAAGAAAACAGCAUCCGCCGCAGCCAGCGCAAUGGCAGUGUCAGAUUAAGAAGAAAUAAUUCCCCUACAAAAUCUGCAAAUGCUGAUGAACCAAAGAAAGGCCAGAAGCUUAUAGAGAAGGAAACUAUGGAAACAGGACAGGUGAAGCUUGCAGUGUUCCUGCAGUACCUGCGAGCCAUGGGCUGGGGAUAUUCUGCCAUGGUUUUCGUGAUUUACUUCAUCCAGACCGCUGCUUUCACCGGUCAAAAUCUGUGGUUGAGUGACUGGACCAGUGAUUCUGUGGAGUACUACAACAUGACAUACCCUUCCUGGAAGAGGGACACAAGGGUGGGAGUGUUCGGAGCUCUUGGAGUGGCUCAGGGUAACUGAACAGUCGUUCGUUGUUCCUUUUGUAUUUGCAAAUAUUUUCAGGUUCAUGUAAGUUAACAUUAAGCAACUUUAUCUCUUAAAGUAAGGAAAAUUCUGUACCCUGUUAUUUAGGAUCCACUCAUUUUUAGAGCGCUAUAUAGACAACCUAAACUUCCAGUCUUUUUAUUGUACUAGAGGACUUGUGCACUGUGUGCGUUAGGUCCUUUGUCACAGGGACCCAUGCUGCAAAGUGCAUAGGCACCUAUAACUUUUUAGGUUAAUAAGUAGAGACAAUUAUGAGGAAUUUAUUGAUAUACAGAAUUCAGUUAAGCUAUUUAAUGAUUAAACUCUGUUGGCCCAUCUUAGCAAAAUGGAUUUCCAGCAAUAAUAGGAAUUAGGCAAGACAAGGCAAGUUUAUUUAUAUAGCACAAUUCAACAACAAGGUAAUAAAAAAAAAGGAAA